AUGGAGGCGGGUGCAGGAUGCGGGGCUCGCCAAGAUGUGGAGAACCUUGAGUCUGAGAUGAGGAAUGUACAGAUGGUGCUUGCUGCAGCCGAGGGAAGAACGAUUGACAACAAGCCACUGGCCUGGUCCCUGGAUGAGCUCAAAGAGCUGCUUUAUGAUGCCGAAGAUGUGAUGGACGAGCUCGACUACUAUCGGCUCCAACAACAGAUCGAACAAGUUGUUAGUUGGUGCUCACGUGACAGAAAAAGGAAGAGAGAUGACGAUCCAACUCAUAGCACCAUGCUGCCUCAUGAGAUUAAACUUGACAUUUCUGAGAGCAUCAAGGGGAUAGUGAAUCAUUUACACAAACUUGGCAAUUCUGUGAGGAAGGUUCUUCAGCUAGAGAUUUCACGCCUCGUUCCAGUGGCAAAGCAGGGUCAGUAUGUGGCCAGAAACACACGCCUGACAACUUCUGUUCCAAUUGAAGACAAGGUAUACGGAAGGGAUGUAGAGAGGGAUAAGAUAAUAGAGUUGUUAAUAAAUGGGAAAUCUAACGAUCUACAUGUUCUGCCUAUAGUUGGCAUCGGUGGUGUUGGGAAGACGACACUUGCAAGAUUUGUUUACGGUGAUCAAAGAAUCAAAGAACAUUUUGAUCUGCGAAUGUGGGUUUGUGUGUCCACUAACUUCGACACAAUGAGACUAACACGGGAGAUCUUGGAGCAUGAUAUCCUUCUGAAGAAUAUUGAAAAUAAAAGAUUCCUGCUUGUAUUUGAUGACAUGUGGGAGGAAAAUGACAGGGGCGGAUGGAUUAGCCUCAACUACUCAAGACCAUCAGUUGCGAAAAUGAUAGGAACAAUGGAUCCGGUCCAAGUGAAUGGUCUGGACGAAAAGGAGUUUUGGCAGUUCUUCAAGGCAUGUGCAUUUGGCAAUGAAAGCCAUGAGGGCCAUCCUACUUUGCAGUCCAUUGGGCAGCAGAUUGUUAAAUCACUAAAGGGUAUUCCACUAGCUGCACGUAGUGUCGGUGCACUUUUGAACAGAAAUGUUACCUACGAGCACUGGAGGACAGUUCAAAACAAAUGGAAAUCUCUUCAAGAAGAUAUUGAUGGUAUUUUACCUAUGUUGAAGCUCAGUUAUGAUUUUUUACCGGUCCACCUGCAGCAGUGUUUCAAAUACUGCUCUCUGUUUCCAGAGGACUAUAGAUUUAAUGGCGAAAAUUUGGUCCGUGCUUGGAUAUCACAAAAUUUUGUGCAGUGCCAAGACCCUACCAAGAGAUUGGAGGAAACAGGGAUGCAAUAUUUGGAUAACUUAGUGGAUUUUGGCUUUUUCCAAAAGGUUGACUCAGACUAUGUCAUGCAUGACCUAAUGCAUGAAUUGGCUCAGAAGGCUUCGUUAAAUGAGUGUGCUGCUAUAAAUGGAUCCAACUCUAGGGUUAUUCAACCAAGUGUUCGCCAUUUGUCAAUCAUAACUACUGCUUAUGAUAAAGAUGGACAUUGCAGUAUCCCCUGUGACAAGUUUCAGAACAUACUAGAGAAUAUUGGGUUUUCGAAAAAAUUGAGGACCUUGAUGGUUUUUGGCCGAAGCAGCAUACAUUUAUUAAGUAUGAAUAAUCUCAUUAAUUUACGGAAUAUUGUUGCCCAUGAGAAAGUGCACUCAGAAAUCGCUGGUGUAGGGAAGCUGACCGCUCUUCAGGGAAUAAAAUUCAAGGUUCGAAUUGUUGGUGAAUUUGAGAUAAAACAACUUCGAUCCAUGAACAAACUUGUAACUCUUGAAAUUUCUCAGCUUGAAAAUGUGAAGACCAAAGAACAGGCCAGCGGAGCUAGGCUGAUAGACAAAGAGUAUCUGCAAGAGCUGUCCUUGUCAUGGAACGAUAUCAGCGUGGGCCUUGAUCCUUGUUCAGCUAGGAGAACAGAAGAUGUGCUUGAGGGUCUUCAACCUCAUGAGAACCUCAAAAGUCUACAUAUAUCUGGGUACAGCGGUGCUAACUUACCAACCUGGCUUGCCAGUAAUGUGUCAGUUAAGAUGCUGCGGAUACUUCAUUUAGAGAAGUGCAGGGAAUGGCAAAUUCUUCGUCUCGAAAUGCUUCCGUUCCUUAGGAAGCUAAAACUGAUCAGGAUGUGGAAGUUGACAGAAAUUUCAAUUCCUUCCUUGGAAGAGUUGAUCUUGAUUGAGAUGCCAAUAUUGGAAAAAUGUCUUGGUACUUAUGGGAAGGAAUUAACCUCUGAUCUAAGGCAAUUGGGAAAUCCUUCCACUGGGAGGAGUGAGGGCACCUGGCGAGCUGAAGUUAGUGGACCUGCAUCUUGUGAGAGAGUUGUCAGUUCCUUCUCUGGAGAAGUUGGAGUUGAUAAAAAUGCCAAGCCUGGAAAGAUGCAGUGGGCUGAUGGCUCUUCCAUCUUCACUUUCACAAGAAAAGCAGGAGGUGUGUCUAUCUAA